UAAAAAACCCAGACAACAUCACCAUUCCCACCAAGUAACCAACCAUGCCUUCAGCAACCCACAACCUCGUCCUCCUCCUUCUCUUCAUCCACCGCCUCAUCUCCAUCUCCACCGUCGGCCUCUCCCUCCCCCCUUCCCCUGCUCUCACCCUCCUCCCCUCCCAAACCCUUCCCACCGCCGUCGAUUUCGGCGCCACCACCCAUUCCCUCCCCCUCGCCGUCCUCCGCCCUUCCUCCCCCUCCGACAUCGCAUCCCUCAUCCGCUCCGCCCGCCUCUCCUCCCCUCCCCUUCCCAUCUCCGCUCGCGGCCACGGCCAUUCCAUCAACGGCCAAGCCGGCGCCAGCGGCGGCAUCGUCGUCGCCAUGAGCGGCGGCGCAAGGCGGAGAAUGUCGCCUCCGGUCAACUCGAUGGAGUUCGGGAAGACGUAUGUGGAUGUGUGGGGAGGGGAAUUGUGGAUAGAUGUGUUGAAUUGGACGCUAGCGAAUGGCGGAUUGGCGCCGCGAUCGUGGACGGAUUAUUUGUAUUUAUCGGUGGGGGGAACUCUGUCGAAUGCAGGGAUCAGCGGUCAGGCUUUUCACUAUGGGCCGCAGAUCAGUAAUGUCUUUGAGCUUGAUGUGGUUACCGGUAAGGGAGAGUUGGUGACUUGCUCACAGGAUGAUAAUUCUGAGCUUUUCCAUGCUGUUCUUGGUGGCUUGGGGCAGUUCGGAAUCAUAACUAGAGCAAGGAUUGCCCUUGAGCCGGCUCCUCAGAGGGUGAGAUGGAUCCGAGUUCUUUACUCCAACUUCACUUCCUUCACAAGGGACCAGGAGCAACUCAUCUCCCUCCAUGGCCAACAAAGAUUCGACUACAUCGAAGGCUUCGUCAUCGUCGACGAAGGCCUAAUCAACAAUUGGAGAUCCUCCUUCUUCUCCCCUAGCAAUCCAGUGAAGAUCAGUUCCAUCGGCGGCGGCGGCCGUGUUCUCUAUUGUCUUGAACUCACCAAAAACUACCACCACACCUCAGCUGACUCAAUUGAUGAGGAGGUGGAGGGUCUGCUAAGGGAACUGGACUUUAUACCGGCUUCGGUUUUCACGACUGACUUGCCUUACGUUGAUUUCCUGGACCGGGUUCACAAAUCUGAGCUGAAGCUGAGGGCAAAGGGGCUGUGGGAGGUCCCGCAUCCCUGGCUCAACCUCUUUGUGCCGGCGUCCCGCAUAGAGGAUUUUGACCGUGGGGUCUUCCGUGGCAUUCUUGGAAAUAAUACGAGUGGCCCUAUUCUGAUCUAUCCAAUGAACCAACACAGGUGGGAUGAGAGGAGCUCUGUGGUGUUGCCGGAAGAGGACAUUUUCUACCUGGUGGCCUUCUUGAGGUCUGCGGUGCCCGGCUCUAGUGAUCUGACGAAGAGCUUAGAGUAUCUCUCCGAUCAAAACCGGCAAAUCCUCAAGUUCUGCGAGUCAGCCGGCAUCGACGCCAAGCAAUAUCUUCCAAGCCACCGGGGGCGGAGCGAGUGGCGACGCCACUUCGGACCCGAUAAAUGGGAGACAUUUCAACGUCGGAAAGCUGAGUUCGACCCGAGCUGCAUCCUCGGUACCGGCCAAGGGAUCUUCCACCCUUCAUCUUGUCCCUUCACGUCCUCUUUGCUCCCCUCAUGAAUCAACAGUGAAAGAAUUUUUUAGGAGUGUAGAAAUUCUAACAUGGUGGGCCAGGCUGUGGGUCCGGAAAAAUUAUUAAGUGCGGUGUUUGAACGUGUCCGGAGGUCAAUUCAGAUGUGUCAUGUCACAUAAUGUACAAAUAUUGGAUGACGUGACAUGUCUGGAUUGGCCUCCUGACGUGCUCGGACACCGCACAGAAUAAUCUCUCGUGGGUCGGGCUGCUUUCUGGGCGAAGGUUAUGAAGGAGACAAAGGGAUUCAGUAGUGAUGGAGAUGUAAAGGAAGAU